AAAAUAAGAUGGAUGUAUUUAGUUUAUUCCUUGAUGCUGGGAAUAGAAAUGAGGUGAUUGCACAAUAUUUUAUUGGAAGGUGCUUCGAAGUUGGUUGGAACACCAAGAAAAAUUUGAAAAAGGCAGUUGAAUGGUAUAAUAAGGCAAUUGAAAAUGGAUCCACAGCAGCGGAACGAAUACUUGGAGAUUAUUGUUAUAAAUGCCAAGAAUAUUCUCAAGCAUUUAAAUUGCUCAAAAAAGCGUUUGGAAAAGGAAAUAUAUUGGCAAUGCACAAUUUGGGAUUAUGCUACAAACAUGGCCGUGGAACAGAUAUCAAUAUGAGACGAGGAUUUGAAUUACUUAAACAAGCUGCCGAGAUGGGAGUACCUAAUUCACCAUAUGAACUUGCUCGGUGUUAUGAGUAUGCGGAAGGAACUGAAAAAAACUUGAAAGUUGCUUUCGGUUGGUAUCAGAAAGCUUUAGAUAAUGGCCAAAAAUGUCAUGACGACCGAGAGCGUGUCAUGGUUAAAAUCAUGAAGGAGCAAUCUAACAAAUAA